AGUGCUAAACACUUACUACUCUAGAGAAGCUAAAAUUAAGACACAGAAAUUUCAACAUUUAUUUUUUUUCGAUGAUGAAUUCACAAAACGAAGUGGUGGCCGCUUUCAAACUGGUACUUCUAGGAGAUGGGGGAACUGGAAAGACGACCUUUGUCAAGCGUCACCUGACCGGAGAGUAUCAGAAGAGAUAUCUGGCGACGAUGGGCGUGGAAGUGCACCCACUUUUGUUCAGCACAAGCCGAGGAAUGUUUCGCUUCGAUGUUUGGGAUACCGCUGGUCAGGAGAAGCUAGGUGGUCUUCGCGAUGGAUAUUACGUCCAGGGCCAGUGUGCCAUUAUUAUGUUUGAUCUGGCUUCGAAGAUCACCUACAAGAACGUGGGUAAUUGGUACCGCGACUUGUUAAGAGUUUGCGGAAAUAUUCCGAUUGUGUUGUGUGGUAACAAGGCUGACAUCAGAUAUAGAAAGAUUAAGGCUAAACAAGUUACAUUCCACCGGAAGAAUAAUCUUCAUUACAUUGAAAUGUCGGCCAAGUCCAACUACAAUUAUGAGAGGCCAUUUGUCUACUUGCUACGUCAGCUAGUCGGUGAUCCCCAAUUGGAAUUGACUGUGUCCCCCGCCUUGAAACCUCCGGAAGUGAGUUUUACCGAGGAAAUGCGCUUGGAAGCGGAAAGGAACCUACUGGAGGCCAGCGCAUGUCCAUUACCACCCAAUGAUGACGAUAAUUUUUAAAUUCCUGUUUAUUUUGUAUUGUUUCAAAAUUUAUCCGUUUUUUGUCUCCGUUUUUCUCCUAAUAAAAAUGCAGAGGUCCCAA